CUCGCUCAUUCAUCGUGACCGCACUGACUUACUGCAUCGGCUCGGCGCAGGGAGGGCGGCGUCGUGCAUCCACAAUCAAAACUAUAACAACAGGUUGCAGUCAGCGCCGGCGCUCAGUCUCCGCGCAGACCCCACGCGCCACACGCGACCGACGAAAGUGAAAAUAGCUCGAUGAAAAUGACAGUGCUCUUAGCGUUUUGCAUGCUCCUCGGAACCACUGCGGCCAAUCGUAACGAUCAAAUCGAGAAAUACGGUGAAACAGUGCAGACCUAUCAACUGGAUGUGCCCGGAAAAGAUCCCAUCACUAUCAUAGAAACGCUCACUGAUAAUAAGAAAAAGGACGCAUCUCUCGAUCUUAACGAAGAGGAUUUAGAUGUAAAGAAUUUAAUGACGCAUAUUAUUCACGAUGGGGAUGGUAGUAGGCCGCGAUGUUAUGGUCCCUCGUGCCAAGCGGGAUUCGACGGAGAAGAAGGACCUCAAGAUGGCACAGAAGACUUUACGCUGGACGAAGAAAAGUUGAAGAAUUAUCCUGAAUUUUCUAAGGAUCGUUUACAAGCUAUCAAUGCUUUAGCUGCGAAAUUGAAAAAAGAGAAAUUAAAAGCUGAUCGAUAUCAUUACGUAGAGAACGACGAAGAAGAGGAUGAGGAUAACGGAAAGGUUUACACUACUUGGAAUAGACUAAAAGUAAAGCAACAUAAACAUCCUUUUGAUGACAAAGACGGCUGGGUUACUUUAGAACCAGUGGCUUGGUCUACUAGUAAAAUAUCAAAGUGGAAACCUAAUGUGAAGAAACAGAAACCGAAUCACUGGAACGACGAUGACAAUAGAUUUCCCAGUGACGACCGAUAUACUUCUUAUCAGGACGUUGAAAAUGAUUACAGCUAUACACAGAAAAGGCCUAAUGUGAAGCGACCAGGAUAUAUAAACAAUAAACUGCACAUAAUAACUAGUUCGGAUUUCGAAAGUGAAGUGCCUUCGAAACCGACAUGGAAUAAAGUUCACCAAACAUCUUAUCCGUCUUCCUGGUCACCGGAUGAAGGUAGGAGGCCAAACAAACCUCACAAUUGUGACAACGAUGACAAGAACAACGACGACGACGCCCCAUAUUACGGCAUGUCUGAUUCUGUGUUAACUGAUAAUCGUCCGACGCAUUUUCCGUACGAGUACGAGGCUUUGCAUCAAGCCACAACACAGAAGCGACCGUACCGAAGGCCGACACAGGUCGUGUACGCCGGCUCUCCUGAACUUGAGACAGACCGCGGGUCGAGGCCUCCGCACGGCGACGGACAAUGGGUGCUGCUUUCAACAACAAAAGGUUACCGUAACAAGAAACGUCAGCGAUCGAUGAAUCUCAACCGACCUAUGAACGGAGACGAGCAAAAUGAUUUCGGUUCAAUGACCUCGCAUCAAUCCGUGUCAUUAACAGUGUUGCCCGUUGACAACGCGCAUACGAAUAUGACGACGUCUCACGGAGGUCUUUUAGAAGUGGAAAAAAGUUUCGAAACAGUGGAAGAGUCAAAGCAAGCCAUGGAUAAGGUACAGGAUCUAGAUGUGUCUGCUUCUCAGAAUAGGCCUGUGAAGACUAAAGUUAUAAAGAGAAGAGUUUCUGCUAAUGUGUCACCUGAUAGCUCUACGAUAUUGGCGGCUGUAGGGGCUGGUAUGGUGCCAGCUACAAUGGCGAUGGUAGUGCCAAUGAUGCUGGGAAAGAGAAGGCGGAGAAGAACUGCUGAUGCGUCGGAGAAUCCCAGUCUAGACGAUCUAUUCCAUAAGUAUCAAUAGAAAUGCGAAUACAAUUUACAGACUGAUAUUGAAGAUUAUUUAAUCAAGCAUCAAUUAUUUAUUACGUACGUGAUAACGAUGCAGUAUAUAAAUAAUUGAAAAAAUGUUUCGCAUUGAUAUUGUAGUUGUUGUAUAUGAUUAAUUUAUUAUAAUAAUUGAUAAGUAUGAUAUGAUUGAAAUGCUGUGAUUGUAAAUUAAAAUAUUUAUUUGCCUACUGCUUGAAUGAGUGAUUUCUGGAUUAAAUUUUUAGUUAAAUUGUUUUCGUUAGUUAUUGUAAGAUAGUUAGGGUAUGUUUAUAAAAAA